AUGCAGCUAGAGUCGGACAACGACGACUGCGUUUGGGCAGGCUCUCUUGCUUUCCUUAAUUUCCAUCCAGAUUUCUCUUCCCCUGAAGCUAAUGUCGUGCUGGCAGCAAAGAAUGCCAAUGUGUAUUUCCGCGUCCAUGCCCAUACUCUCAAGACCGUGUCAGGCUUUUUCCGGACCAUGUAUAGUUUGCCGCAGUCAAAGGUCACCUUCGCAGAUAUAAUGUACCUAGACGAAGAUGCACAGAUUCUCGAACGGUUGUUUAGCAUGGCCUGUGGUCUACCGUUCAAAGAGAUAGAGUCGUACGAUAUGCUGGAAUCCUUGUUGUUUGCUGCCGAGAAAUAUGACAUGCCUGGGCCCAUGUCCCUUCUGCGAAUGUUCCUCCUCACACCUGCACUGGACAGCGACCCCAUUCGCCUGUAUUCCUCGGCCACUCGAUAUGGCUGGAAGAACGAAGGCUGUAUUUUAUCGCAUAGAACACUGUCACUGAAUAUCCACGACAAGAGACACCAAAGCUCCUUGCGUAAAUUGUCCACCGAUGCCCUCCUUGACCUAAUCACACUGCACAGGGAUCGACGCGAUGGAUUGAAGGAAUGUCUGGAUAGCCCUCCCUUCGUGUCAGGGGAACCCUCUAGGUGCAUCCAAUGCGAAACACCCAUCAACUACACAACUUGGAGAGAAUUGAAGCACCGGAUUGUUGCGGAGAUGGACCUACGUCCUCUUGGGGACACAAUACUGGAUACAGGGUUGUGCACAUGGCCUGAGGCAUCUGCUUGCUGGCGAGCAGCAUGUUCAAACGAAGGGUGUAAACGACUGUUGUAUGAUAGAUCGGAGACUAUACGGGUUAUUCGAGAGUGCAUCGACAAGCAGCCCAAAACCAUUGAUUAA